UGAAGCUGAAAGUGCAGGAAAUUUAAAGGCUUUGGGUCCUUGCAAAGCAGACAAACUGGUGCCAACGUGCGUGGCUGCUGUUGCUGCUGAGGAGGCUGCUUUGCAAACGGUGGAGAGGAGCGGAGAAGAGGAAUCGGCAGCAACUUCUUCCCUACGGACGGGCAGACAACGAGGAGCAGAAGCAGCAAACAGAGUUUGCAACAAAAAGAGGCAUCUCCCUUUCCCGGGGAAGGUGAAAAGAAGCGGCAGCGGCAGAAAUUUGGAGCGGCUCCACUGGGAGAAAUUUUAUAGAGAAGCUUGCAAGAGAGAGAAUUUGCAGGGGGCUUGUUCUCCUGGCUUGUUAGAGGGCUGCCUUUGCUGGUGGUGCGGGGAGUGGAGGUGAUCCCCGUUAAAGACAAGCUAUUUUGGAUAUCCCCGUACAAGUUUUCUGAUGUAUUUGCUUGCACCUUCUUCCCCUGCUGUUUGGUGAACCCAGCCCCCCUCCCCCCCCCCACCGAUCUCCCGAGGAUGGAUCAUUCCCAGUGCCUUGUGACUAUAUACGCCGUAGUGGUUCUGCUGGGUCUCCGGUUGGAGCAAGGCGCCUGCCAGCACUAUCUGCACAUCCGCCCGGCUCCCAGCGACAACUUGCCCUUGGUGGAUCUAAUCGAGCACCCGGACCCUAUCUUUGACCCCAAGGAGAAGGAUCUUAACGAGACCUUGCUCAGGAGCCUCAUGGGCGGACACUUCGACCCUAACUUCAUGGCUAUUUCCUUGCCCGAGGACCGGCUGGGAGUAGACGACCUGGCUGAGCUGGACUUGCUGCUCAGGCAGAGACCCUCGGGAGCGAUGCCCAGCGAAAUCAAAGGGCUGGAGUUUUACGACGGGCUGCAGCCGGGCAAGAAGCACAGGCUGAGCAAGAAGCUGCGCAGGAAGCUGCAGAUGUGGCUCUGGUCCCAGACCUUCUGCCCGGUCCUAUACACGUGGAACGAUCUCGGCAGCCGCUUUUGGCCCCGGUAUGUCAAAGUGGGCAGCUGCUACAGUAAAAGGUCUUGUUCAGUCCCAGAAGGCAUGGUUUGCAAGCCUGCCAAGUCCGUGCAUUUAACGAUCCUGAGGUGGAGGUGCCAGCGCCGGGGAGGGCAGCGCUGCACGUGGAUACCCAUCCAGUACCCCAUCAUCUCGGAGUGCAAGUGCUCCUGCUAGGGCUUGCACCUCCCCGCCUGCCCCUUCUCUAGCGGACUCACGUGGACCUUUGCUGCAACAAAAAUAAAAGACAUUUGCUUUCCGGUUAACGUUGUAAUGCACUGUAACGUGUAGGAGAAUGUAUAUUGUGUGUAUAUAUGGCACCGUUUUAAUAUACUAUUAAAAGGUCAGUAUUAUACGUGAAAUAAUCAGUGUCUACUGUAUUUUUAAGACUAUUACCCUGA